CCCAAUUUCGGUAGAAAGGGCCAUGAAGAAGCAUUAAGAUAAUCUCAAGUAGCAGCAAAAUUCCCAAACGACAUCGGACUUCUCAAGGGAACAAUGGCAUCGGCUGCUGAGUCGCCGAGUUCUGUUCGGAAAGUGAUUGUUCAAUUAAGAGCAACUGCCGAUGCUCCUAUACUCAAGCAGAACAAGUUCAAGAUACCUGGAACUGAUAAGUUUGCUAAAGUGAUUGACUUUUUGCGGAGACAACUUCACAGAGAGACAGUGUUUGUAUAUAUCAACAGUGCAUUCUCUCCAAACCCUGAUGAAUUGGUUAUUGAUCUAUUUAAUAAUUUUGGAGUUGAUGGUAAACUACUGGUCAAUUAUGCUUGCUCCAUGGCAUGGGGCUAAUUCUGACUCGGGGAUGCAAUGUUUACUUCACUGUUCAUAACAUUUGUUCAUACAAGAGUACAUGAUUUGCGGAUAGACUGAAGGUUAUGAUAACCAGAUGGGGAUUGGGAAUGGAAGAUUCACUUGUAUUGUAGACCAAUACUUGGCUCCUGGGCUGCUCAUUUUCUUGCCUUUUGUUCAUUCAAUGUACUUGAAUCAUUAAAUUUUUACGUUUACUCUUUUUAAUUAUUUAAGUAAAAAUCUUUUGGCAUCCCAA